CGCACUACCGCAAACGUCCACUCCACCAGCCAAGACGGUGAUGAAUCGGUGAUACUCACUGUCUCUAGCACCUAUAUCCACCCGCAGCCUCUCCGCGCGCUGAUCCGCUCGCCAAACUCCCUGCUGCCUCAGUGGUCCCCCAUAAACAAUGCUGGGCUCCAGACUAUUCCUCGGUGUGCUCACCGCCGCCUUCCUCCUCCUCGUCGUGAAAAUCUAUUCCGACUCCUCCUUCGGCCACCUCUCCUAUUCCGAUCUGCAAAUAUCCCCUGCCAACCCUCAAUCACCCGACAAGCCACAACCAUCAACAUCAGCCCCAGCAUCUCCCAAGUCAUCACAGAAAACAGAGAAGCCUGUAGAUAAGAAGCCCGAGGGGAAGAAACCCGACGAGCAGAAGCCCAAGAAGCCUAACAGCGAUCGAGAAAAGGAGGAGUCGUGGUCCGGCGAACCCGGCUACUUCAAAAACAAGAAGGAAUGGAACUUUGACGCGCCCCUCGAACCCUCCGACGAAACAUUCAAGCCCGAGGAGAUCCUCAUUUUGACCGCUAGCAAUGGCGGUGGACACAACGCAGCCAUCCCGAACCUACUAGAACGUAUUUGCGAGGAGCGCGAUAGCUACGCCAAACUUCAUAACUACACCCACACAUGGCUCAACACGGACAAGUACGAUGUGGGAGACGCUCAUCCGGUCUGGGCUAAAAUUCCCGCCAUUGCCGACGCCUUCUACCAGAACCCCCAGGCCAAAUGGCUCUGGAUCGCCGAUUCCGAUAUCAUCUUCAUGACCCACACCGUCAAGCUCGAGGAGAUGCUCCUUAGCCAAAAAGUCAUGUCCGAAAAAAUCAUGAAGGGCCAGACCCUCUUCAACGGCAUGAGAGACGGCAAGACCCACAAGACGAAAGUCAACAUGCCCGAAGAGCCCAAAAUCUCGAACCUUGACAUCCUCAUCACCCAAGACCACAACGGCAUAAAUGCCGGCAGCAUCUUUCUUCGCCGCAGCCAGUUCACCCGCUUCAUUCUCGAGGUCUGGACCGACAAGCUGCUCAUGGAGGACCACUGGGUCGGCAAGGAGCAAGACGCCUUGAAACACUUGCUGCUCGAGCACCCACUUAUCCGCGAGCAUACGGGUGUCUUCCCCCAGCGCAUGUUCAACGCCUAUGCUGUCGGCGGCGACAAGAUGGGUUGGCGAGAGGGCGACCUCAUGGUGCACUUGGCCGGCUGCUGGGUCGGCGGUGACCACAUCUGCAAAGAGCGCUUCGACGAGUUCUGGGCGAAGCGGAAACUCGAGUAAACGUCACGGAAUACAAUGCAUGCAUGGUUGAAAACGGCGUUUUGGCAUAUCUGGUUUGGAUUGGGUUUUCAUAAGAGUCAAGCGUGACUCCCAAGACGCAUUUCCUAAUUUCUCUUCUUUUUACCCUUUUUUGGAUGUAUUAUGUGUAUGGCUUGGGUAGACAAUUAGCGUUUUGGAGCGGGCAUGAUGUUGGAUUGUGGAAGCAAGCGUUCAAUUUAGUUGGUUCCUAUCCUACU